UAUUAGGAUAUAGCAUGGGCUGCGUGCGUGACGCAAAAGAAAAUCUCGACACAUGUUCGACUCAUUCUUUGGCGGCUUCUGAGCGCAAAUUCAGUAAUAGUUGCACGGUUCGGGUUGAAGACUAAUCUGCAAUACUUAUGCUAUAUGUUUAAAACAGUGGACACUAGGCCACGAUAGGGUCCUAGUCCCCUAAUCGUCCAUUUGUGAACAUGCCAACAGCCAUGCCAAGGGUUUGCGCCGAGCCGCCCCUUGAACGCAUUUAUGUAGAUUACGCAGGAAAUGAUCCCUGCUGAAUCUUAUCAUAAGAUCCGUCCUCCAGUAUUACUGGAACGCGGUGAGCCCUGGUGGUAGCCAUGGUGCCCAUUCGCGAAGCCCUCCUUUCGAUCGUGGGAGAGAAUGCCACCGCCAUCCAACCAAUUGUGGCGGCUCUCUCCGGGCUAGGCUUCAACGAGCAUGAACAGGCCGCUGCCUUUCGGCUGCUGGUGCUGCUGGUGCUGCUGGUGCUGCUACUCCUGACGCUAACAGCUGGCCAGUUGGUGAGGCUGGCAAGAGCUGAGCAGAGCCGGCGGGCCUCGCUUGCCGCAGGCCGGGAGCUACAGAUGUUCUGGGAGAAACUGACUGCGGCUGAGCUGACGACGGUGGACGACCAGAAGGUGCUCUCGCUGCCGCCGGGCGUGCGCUUCCCGGCCAGCACAGAAACACUGCACCAGCUGCUGCGGCGCACGUGCUACGACACCGCUUUUAACAAGAUGCAGGACUGCCUCGACGAGCCCUCACCAGGCAUCCGGCGCUUCCUCGUCCUGGGGACACAAGGCAUCGGCAAGAGCGUGUUCCUGCUGGACCUGCUCCACCGCCUGGCCUGCAUGCGGCGCACCGUGGUGUUGCUUUCUGACCUUACCUACCCCAGCGCGCUGCUGUUUCAGCCCGCGGGUGACGGCGGCGGCGUGUUUGCUGCGGACAACCCCAUCGAGUUCAAAGAGGAACUCAACGACCCCAACACGUGGCUGCUGUGCGACUCCAUCGAAUUCGCGUACGUGAACGCCAUAACAGUUAUGGUCUCCUCGCCGUGCGCCGGCGCCUACAACAGAUUUGCCAAGACCAAACACCUGGAGCUGUGGAUGGGCCCGUGGAGCCUGGAGGAGAUUCGUGCCGCACGCCGCCUCGAGCCGUACCGGGCAGAAGUUGACGUCGAGACGGCUGAGCGGCUGUACAAGACGUGGGGCGGGAUCCCAAGAUACGUGCUGGAGAAUGCCAAGAACCCGUCAAUGCAGCGGAAGCUGGACGACGCCCUGGCGUCCAGUGACCUAUUCGCUGUGCUGCGCUCGGUGAAGCAGAUCGAGGCCGCCCCUGAGGCGAGCCACAAACUACUGCACGUUCAGGUGGACAACGCGUGUGAGAAGACCGAGGUGGUGUUUGGCUCGGACGAGAUCGCCAGGCGUGUGAUAGAGAAGCUUCAGGCGAACGGCAUGGUGGAUCUGCGGCAGUUCCUGACCUGGUCCGCGGGCGAGCCGACGGCUGCCAGCCUGGCACGGCAGUGCGGUGCUGGGAGGCGCUGGCCGCGGAUGGGGCGCAGGACGGACCGCUUGUACGGAUAUGGCGCGCGUGCCGCCGGAGCUGCCGUCCGGCCCGGAUGCUGCUGCCCAACUCUCCGCGCUGCUGGCCCGUGUACCGGCGGCGUGGAGGGUGGCGGCGUCGGCCACACUGCAUGCGCCUGGCGGCGCGGCCUCCGCGCCUCCUGCCCCCCAGGUAUGGCUGCUGCUUGCGCAGAGCCUGGGAUGGCGGCAUGGCGCGGCUGACGUGCCAUUGCUGACCCUCGCGGUGAAGCAGGCAACCCAACUUCAACUCACGCCUGCGUACGACGCGCUCCGCGUGCGUCACUUGGCCUUCAUCCAAGAGGCCUACAGGGGCGCCGCGCCGCCGGCGAAAUUGAUUCAUGCGCUGCGGGCGGCCCUGGCGCGGCUGUGGGCUUUGGUGUGGGAGCGGCGACACAAGGAACCGCUCUGGCGCCUGGCAGUCAAUGGAUUCACAGGCUUUGGGAUGCUUGCGGCGUUGGCCGCGGGUGGACGCGUGGAGACAUGCCCGUGUGGGGCUCAGAUGGCUGCUAGGGCUAGGCUUCAUCACUUCUGGGACUGUGUGGUGGCGGAGGCUCUGCGUGAUGUGCUGCGGGAGCAUGCGAAUGUGGACAACACACGGAACCAGUUGUGGUUAGUACAGGCGCCGCCAGGGCUAUCGCAGGCGGUGUGGGACAUCGUGUGCUUGGCUGCUGUGGCGGCCCUGGAAUACGGCCGACAGCGCCUUUACGCUUGCCCUGAUGCUGCAGACCGGACUGCGGAGGUUGCUGUUGUGCGGAGGAUCGGUGUGGAGGUGAUUGCGGACUUCUGGUCACGGCUAGCUGCGUUUGUGAGUCUGCGUCGGCCUCCACGCCGCUGGGACCUUGUCCCGAACCAGCACCCAUUCCUAGCGUCAGAUGAUGUUGGAGUGUGUGAUGGGACAGUGGUAAGGCAAGUUGGUAAAGUCCCGUAGGGUGCAGCUGAUUCCCAGAACCCAACAAAUGGCAUACAAUUGGCAGCGGCAGGCCUAGCUUGUCAGCUGAGGGACUCGCAAGAGGUAGUCUUAUGACGCCGACCCACGGCUUAGGUGAGCAGCGCUAGCGUUUGCGGUGUGCCGGGCCUGGGGUUCCUCCCCUCUCCGGAGGCGAGGAGCAUGAGGGUCAUUCGGGGAUCUCUCCUCGGGUGAGCGUGCGUGUCUCGUACGUUUUUGGGGCCCUGGCUUAGUCCACGGCUGUCGUCCCACAUGCAACCUCUAUCAGGUAACCAU